AUGGGGUUGCUGUGGGCUGGAGAAUGUAAAGGAUUUAAGUCACUUCCUAAGCUUACCAGUUACCCAGACAUCUCACCAUGUUGGGUUAGUAGACCUCAGCGCUGGCAUGGGCUGGGAACUGGGCUCCCUGACCCAAACCUAAAAAGAACUCAAGUAACUCUCUCUAAUCUUCUCUACCCACCCCAUCUCUCCCUAGAAACAUUCAUAGCUGCUGCAGUAGGAGCAGCUGUGGGUGUGGGAGCUGCACCUGUAGUCCUGACUGCCAUGGGCUUCACGGGGACAGGAAUAGCAGCAGCAUCCAUAGCAGCCAAGAUGAUGUCAGCAGCUGCAAUCGCCAAUGGGGGUGGAGUUGCAGCCGGAAGCAUGGUGGCAGCAAUGCAGUCAGCAGGUGUACUUGGACUCUCCACAUCAACCAACGUGAUCGUGGGUACUGUUGGGGCUGCUGCCGCCGCCAUCUUGAUUUGAACUUAGGAGAUAACACCUCUACCAGUAGACCCCAAAGACUAUACGGAGUAUCUAGGAGACAGUGUACCCCAAGAGGAUCUUCAAAAUCUCUCACUGACAUCAUAGAAAACAAUGAAAAAUAAAGGCCUUUUGCUGGUGUACCUA